AUGGCGGUCAGAAAUGGAAUGAAGACAGAUACAGUCGAUAUCAGAGAAGUUUUCCGACACGUGAGUCCUUACAUAAUCCGACAGUGGAAGGAAGUAUGUAUUGAGUUAGGAGUACAACAGUAUGAGAUUAAACAACUUGAGACAACCGACUUUACUCCCUGCCCCUCCCAGCUGGCUUUCAAGGGGCUGUGUCUGUGGUACGACCGAGUGGGAAAGGCGGCUAACAAGGAGUGUCUGGGUGUGGCACUCAACAAAUGUGGUCUCCGGAGAGCAGAGGAAGAGAUCGUAAACGUUGAAUCUGGAAAAUUGGACAGACCUUCGUCAUCACGACCUAAGUCAUCGCGACCUACAUCCUCUGGUCUACAGACAAAUCGGACACAGUACGCACGGCGUCUCAAGUCCGCUAACCUGGUUAGGCGACGUCAACAUCAACACACAGGCGGCAUAGCCCGACCAAAUACUCGGUGUAAGAGUGCACGAAGUGGGAUCCAUCGUGCUCGGUCGGCUAAGAGACGGGACAGCUACUCUGAUGACAAGUCUUGCGAGCUCAGUCUGAACAUCAAAGUGUCACAAAUAUCGAUAGAAGGCGAGGAAGAUUCGAACCAUACCAAACGAGAUUUAGCCGAACAGUUCUACGACACCAUCCUACAAAAGAAGGAACAGUUUUGUUGGACGUUGGAGGCCGCUAUUGACCUUCGUGACGUCAGAGUAGAAACGAUCACCAGGGGGAGCCUGUGUGUUAAGUGCAGCUGUUUAACACUGGGAGCACUAGAGUCACUUAACCAGAUGUUCAAAAGUCGACGUCUGUCAGCUGUGUGUCAGUCUGUUUUCGUCACGGAAAGUGUUAGGGACCUUGUAGGCGCUAAGUCACUUAAACUGGACGUUAGUAUAGAUACGGAAGAGUUGGACGCAUCACGAGAAGUACUCUUGUCCCGCAAGUUCAAAGAGUGCACUUUAGUUCACCCAGCGGACACAUUAACCACUCCGACAGAUUACCCCAGUCUUGACCACAUUCCUGUCACCACUGAUGUGGUGGUGAUUGAUAAAAACUUUGACGUUGUUGGGUGGCGGAUUCGCCUCAGUGCCGAUGUCGAAGCUGUUCGACACCGAUACACGGGUUUCAACGAUUCCAUUGACCUUUUCAUCAGAACCCUGCAGAUUAUCAUGCCGAAGGGUAAAACCUCUAUCGAAUCUUUAGCGGAUGUUAUCGGACUUUAUGGACAUUUAGUCGGAAGUUCAUCGCUUUCUUCUGGUGUUCGGACUGAUCUGGUUCGGGAAUAUCUAUCGACAGUGAACAGUAUAAGAAUACUAGUAGACGACAUCAAGGCCAAGUCAUCCCAGGCCUCUUCCGGUAACGAAAAUGAUGACGAUUAUCAGAUCAUGACGUGUCUGAUCAGUGAACUCCAGGACAUGCUUCUACCAAAUCACGUGUUCGAGGAAGACAUCAGUGUCCUUGACCGGAGAGUAAAUCCCGUAGAAAAACCGUUUCUAGGACUGUUAUGUUUUGUACCAUUACUUCUUGCUAAGCUGUCUACUGUUCUUUAUACACUUAGUGCGCCAGCAAUAUCUAAAUAA